AUGACGGAUGCUUCUCCUGUAAGCCGCUACUUGCUCUUUGAGCAGUGCAGUGAUUUCCAGACCAAUGACAAAAUACUUUACGCCUUGAAUAAUGAAUUUACAGGUGAAAAUGAUGUUGGGGUUAAAUCAUCGCAGAAAUUCGCUCUGAAUUCUCACUUUUUGGUGCGCAACUUGGAGGACCUAAAGCAAUUGUUGUCAUAUGGUGAUCAAAGCACCGCUGUUUCCCCAAGUACCGAUACAAUACCGAUGAGUCCUAAGAUAUUCAUGGAAUCAUCAACAAAGUUAAUGCAAUCGAAAAAACUUGGAGAGUCUGCUGAUAGAAUUGACGAACUUUCUUUGGAACUUCUAGACGCCACUGAGGGCUUGGAUGUAAACGUGUGGGAUAGUCUUGAGGAGCAGGUGGACAUCUGGAGUUGGCCCAUCGAGACCUUAUAUCAAAACUACCACUUAUGCCUUGCCAUUGACUUCGGCCGCCAGACCUUUGACAUGUGUCGAAACGGUUCUAUAUAUGCUGACCGCAUUCCGAUCAUUGUUGAUUCUCUUCUUCAGGCCAUCAAGGUCAUGCUCCAGACUCGUGAACGAGAUAUCAGCGUACUCACAAAGUGGAUCGCUUCGAACGUCGCCGAUGAGAAAACUAAACAGAUAGCACUUCGGCAAUUAUGGAAUCCAAAGAUAGGCAUGACAAUUUUACUCUUAAAUGUGCCUAAAAUUGCACCGAUUGACGUCCCGUUCAUCCCAGUUUCAGAUCUGUCUGCCGACAAGGAUACAGAAAUCGGGGAUCAUUCCCGCUCAAACCAGAAAGAGACGGUAAAUUUGUUUCCCGUUGAUACUUCCCCUUUCUUGGUACAAAGCACUCAGAACACCAUUGAUAGGUCUAAUACCUGCACUAGCAUCCCAUUUCUUAGUAUUACUGAUGUUCGUAUGCUGAUCGAAGACGACACCUUUAUGACUCGUCUGCGUGAUACUUUAUUGAUGUACGAAAGUGCAUACCGCGAGAAGACACGUAAUUGGCCCGAGUCGAACUUGUCAAGUUCAUUGGAGUAUCUCAUUCGCUUAGCUCCCGAGGCCCCCCGAGAAUGUUAUAGCGUGUUAUUAGUUACGAACACUUUCCCAAUGAGCUGUUCCGAGUCACUUUCUUUUUUUGAAGGCAUGGUACGUCGCAAGAACCUUAUCUUAUCUGUUGUCACCUUGAAUAUCCAGCAUACUUUUGAUACACCACAACUUUAUGCGCUUGCACAUUUUAUUUCCUCCAUUGGUGGCUUUCUGGUGAAUAUUCACUACUGGCUAGCUCUUUCUUCCCAGCGCGCCAAUUCUGACUGGUCCCACCGCUUUGAGGGUACUCGUUGCCUUGUUCAGCAGCUCUUUGUUCAACUGAUACGUCAUUUUCCAGUAUCCCGCUAUGGAGUUGCGGAGUGUCAUCCCUUCAAUGAAUUUGUGGAUCGAGUGCCACUGGUUAACUCUGAUUGGGGAUUGGAGGAUCUUGUGCUCAGCCAGUGCACCCCGGAGAAUGCUCUUCGUGCAGUGGCUGUGGCUCGCUACAAUGAGGGGUGGUCCGUGUUGAUGGACUACAAAGAUGAGCGAUCCCCUUCACACCUUUUUGCUUGUUAUCAUCAUCAUACCCAUCGUGGCAUGCUUACUCUGCACUACGAGAUUGAUAUUAACUAUCCAUUGAUGUACCGCCGCAUAUUUGUUUCCGGUGCCAAAGUCCUUGUGGAAGAUUUUCUCUGGACCCAAUGCGAAGAAUCAAGCACAGUAUCCUUGGGCAAGGCCAAUGACGACUGGAUAUUGUAUUUGAACUUACUACGUCUUCAUGUGUCUAGCUGGUUACGGGCAGAGAAACUAAUGUUGAAGUUUCUGGACUUUCAUCCCAAGGCUGCUGAAAAUUCCUUAUUAUCGGAGAUGUUGUCUUCAUUCUCGUCUGCGGAUGGUGUUGCUAUGGAAUGGCACAACGUCAGCGUCGUUGACUCGAUAGGAAUGUUUCUACGUUACGAGGAUAGUCCUUCUCAUCUCUUUCAACAUCUCGCAAGCACCAUACUUCCUUCUCUAUCGCCGGUGUCCGCAUUUGCGGCCAGCAGAACUAUACUAAAAUCUGUAAUGCUUAAAAUGCAUUACAUGAUAGGAAAGGAGGAAGACUUUAUAUUUGUGAGCAAAGAAACCGUCAAUAUUCCCCUGUAUAUCGUUCAGUUCUUUCACCUAAACGAUUCCUCAAGUGCAGAGUUUAUGCUUGCAUCUGGUUUUGAGUGUCGCGUAAGUUUUUUUUCGUGUGAUAUGAUCAAACAACGCGAGGCGCUUUCGGAUAUCAUUGAUACCAUCACUGGAACUCUUAAUUCUGUCCCAGGGGUUAGCGUUCCCAAGGCAACUGACACACCACGCAUCUUAACAGAGGUUGCCAUCCAUCCACCCUUGCAAGGAUCAUCCUCAGCGACUCCUCCUGCGCCACUGACAACGUCGUUACUUGGCCGUUUGGCGGUAUCAAUGUCACUCUCUAGUGUUAACCGACAAGCCCUAUUAGUUUCUUUAAUCGCCAUAUCCUCUCGUCCACUGGUAUUGCUUUCACUUUGUAUCGAACACGAUAUGUCUGUAAAUCCUCAUGCAUUGUCUGAUUCACUACUCGGCUCUAAAAGUGUCACUUCCUCUUCGGCUGUACUACCUCCAAAAUUAAAACUAUCUUCUAUGUUGUCUAUCCAAAGGGCAUUGUUCACACCUUAUGUCAUCACGCCUUGGAUUUUAUCCAAAACACUGCGGAGGCGAUGGGUCUUUUCCUGCUCUGAGGUAUACCCUCAUACUAUGCACGAAGCUUUUGCCUUUUUUGUGAUGCGCCGCUUACGUGAGGGAUUCAAGCUGUUGCUAUGCCACACUAAUGCUUUAAAGGCUGUAUUACAGAUUGAGAAACCUGAUUCCGUAGUUGUAUUCGAUAUUAUAGCGGUGUUUGAGCAACACUACCUGACUGUAGUUCAUUUGGUUACCCCAUACAAUGAUUCAACAAAAGCCGAAGCUAGACGAGGCAUUCAAGAAGAUCUUCACAUUAUCACUACUCUACAGACCUUCAAAGCCUUUUCAAGUCUUCAGGAAAGUAAUGGGAGACAUUCCAUGAUAUCGCGAGAAACUGUACGGCAGGGGGUGACGACAAUUAGCACUCGCAUAGAAUUUCUGCUAUGGUAUUUGCAGCCUUCUCACACUCAAUUCCUCGAGCUGGCGUCUGCAUCGUCAUUAGGUACCAAGGGUUGUCAGGAAUUGCGUGAAAGGCUCGUAUAUCUUAUCGGUUCUCUUGGCGAUCAUCACGCUCGUCUCACGACUGAAUCAUUUCGGGAUGAUUUUCCCCAACUCCUUUCCUCAUCUUCCACUGACAUAGCAGUAAUGGGGGAGACUAAGAUUUUGAUUGCCGUAUUGCACCCUAUUCGUUACCAAACAAUUACGUUUGUACUAAUUCUUGAAAACGAUACCCCGGAUGGGACAGAAACGGGUAUUGUAAAGGUUGCUUUGACUUCUUUGAGUGCGGACGUGUUACGUUACGGCCUUAUGGAUCGGUAUAGGCUGGAGCAGGAGCGGAAUGAUCAUAGUUGUCUGCCUGAUUGCAUCAUAGAUCGAGCCGUUCUUCAGUCUUUGCGUCAACUACUAACGAAUUUUGCCAGUAUCUACGUCAUUUACCAGCUCAUAACAGUCAUUCAAAGAGCACCAAUGACUGAAUACAGUGAAAAACCAUUCUUGGAGGAUAUUCACAAGCGGCUGGUGGCUCUAGAUAGCUAUGUUGCCGAAAUAGAUGUAUCGCACCUUCUAUAUGCUAUUCAAUAUCAAUGCAGUGCACCGUAUUCCAACGAAAGACUCAAUGCCACUCUGAUAGAGCUUGUGGCACAGCAGGCUCGCGUUUUCCAUUCUGACCCCUUUCUUUUCUUCCCAUAUGUUCUCGACAAUCAGGCACAAGAUAAGGGAAGCACAGGGUAUCAGGGCAGUUUUUUUUUAUCAGAAUCCCACGUUAAGAAUGUCUCGUUUCCGAACAACUUUCCCAUCGUUAUAAAGAUUGAGGCCUUGUGCUCAUCAACUUUGGUGACUGAUGCAAGUGAGGAUGGUAAUAACAUUGCCACCUCUGGUGAUGAGAUCAGUGGAAGCGCAGUGACCCAUCGUUUUUGGGUAUCCUGUGAAAAUUUAUCGACGGAGAACUCUGACGGGGUCGCAUCUGUUGAAAAUUGUGCGAAGCUUAAUGCUUUUCCCAAACAUUCCUUACGACUGCGCAUCUUUUUCAAGACAGUCCCACUCGAAAUGCUUGAUUCCUGCAAAGAUGGCUACUUCCGGCCUCCACCGGCCACCGUUUGUAGCACCCUUCGUGCAUUUGUUUACAAGCUGAUCUCUCAGGAGGCCCCGUCGAAAAAUAUAUGGGGUAUGAUUAAUAGUACUAGUGCUGCUCCCAUAACAGAUUCUGAUAAAAAUGUUUCUAUAGAUAUUUUUCAAACUAUUGAAGUUGGUGAUCAUCAAGCAUCGGAGACUUACUUCAAGAAGUCUCAACCCAUUUCGGGAUUGCCAGAGAUACUUGAAAAAUGUUUGUCCAGCAUUAGUGAUGAUCUCGGGCGGCGAAUUGCUCUCUAUGCCCUGAACGCCAGCUUUGAUUCAAGUUCCUUCAAGCAACUUGAGACAAUUAUCAAGCCUCAUCAAGAAGACCCAGGCGAAGGUAUCAGUGUACCUGCCUGCAAAAAUUCCAACGACACUGAGAGUGCUAGAACAACCGAUGGGCCUUGCGAUGGCAAGCACAGUUUCCUAGAUUCCCUGUCCCAUGAUGAUCCUUCUGUGUGGCCACAGGUUUCUACACUUUCUGGAUUGCUCAUGUUGCUUACAACUGUGGUGAAACCUGCUUUGCUUAGUUCUACUUGCUUUCAAACUGAUGUUUUCCCUGUCGAAUUCACGCAGCAAGCGACAACUCACCGUAGCGUAGAUCCUGUCACGGCCGCUGUGGACGUUUUUAGGCGGUGUGUAGAUGAAGACCACAUGUGUGUUCUGCCAGCCAGAAAGUUUUCCUACGUAUUCAUUCCAAACCGUUUCUUCUUUGCACACCGUUGGAUCAUGGUGUAUCUUGAAUUGCACGUUAGCGGCAGAUAUUCGCAUCGUGCGUCGAUUCUAUGCUACGAUGCGCUUUCUUCGAUUUCAGAAAGCUGCGUCUCGAACAAUUUCAGUCAACAAUUGCGUGAUCAUAUUUUCAGAAAAAUCGUGAGAAUCAGUCAAUUGCAUCUACUGAAACAGCUGCGCGACACGCAGUAUGCCCACGAGGAGCUAAUCCCGGUGCACUGGGGCGAUCAAUUUGAUAGUGGGGCUGACCAUUACAAUAUUGCUGGAAAUGAGCCUCCCACACGCGCGGAAGCUACUAGCGUCACGUCGUCUUCCUUCUGCUUGCACGGCCAGAAUAUUUUAGAAAUUCCUAUUUACUAUAAAUUGCAGCAUCAGUGCAAAAAAAUUCUUUCUUGCAUUUCCAGCAACAGUUCACGACUAGAGUUAAUCACUAUAUUUAACCGUGAGCAGUGUUUUAUGAUCGCCGAUGAUGAGGAAGGUGACACCUUUCACUAUAUUCGGUUAAUUUUCGUUAAGGAUGUGCCACACAGUGCCUCUCCUACCUCACUGCCACCGCGUAUGAACGUCUCGGAUCGUUGCCCGCUACUCGUUGUGCAACUUUUUACUGCGACCACAAACGCGUCCAUUAAACGACCACUUCAAAAAUUGCAGGACUUUUGUUAUUUUCUCGCUGUACAGGAACUUCAAGGACACCUUAGCUAUAUUCAACAGAAACAGAUAUCCUUUAACGACCUUGUUUUUUUGCAGAACCAACCCUUACAACCGCUUGUUAUUGAUUUGAACGCGCUCCCGUAUGCUGCUGAGUGUGAACAGGAUAAAAAGGCUGAUUCACAAUUUGUAGCCGCUCUUUUAUUUCUUAACCUCCGUGCGAACAAGUUUAAGCAAUUCGAUGUGCAAAUCAAGGAGCAGUCUCAUGCAGCGAGCACUUUCAUGGAACACUAUAAUCUAGAAGGGGUGAUUAAGCAAAGUACCGCAUCAGCUGGACCGUUGGCCACCAUGCCUAUGGUUCCUUCACAAACAUCGGCCUCUUCACUUUUCUCUGAAAAGGUUGUCGACGAUGAAAAAAAAUCCAUAACUCAUAAUGAUCGAAUUCUGCGCUUCGUCAGGAUCAUAGAUGGACUCACUGAUGUUUUAGUUUCGUGUGCAGUGUGUAUAAGAAGCUCAAACCCGGACUCCAUUAUAAUUGAGCGUUAUUUAACUAAAAUCCCAUCCAAGCGUUAUCUUGACAGUAACUUAGAAGAUGCGAUUCUGAAGCAGCUCAGCGAAUGCGUGGCUACAACAGUGGCACAACUUUCAUUUCACGCUUUUUCUGAACAACUCGGUGUUUUGAGACUGUCUGAUGUUUUGCAUACCACAGAGCGGCUUAUGAGCAUACCCAUGAAUGCUCCUCUUCAGGAUACAUUCAUGCUUCGGUAUGAGUUCUUUUCGCUUGAUGAGGCUAGCCCAGCGGUAUAUCCAUAUUUGGUUGAGCGCUUGUGUGGGGCUCUCGCGCCUUAUCAGCCGCGAUGCUGUGAAAAAAAGGGCACUUGUCUUGCAUCAGUCACACAGCCAGUUCAUGGUUUUCCGUGGAAGUGGAUAGAAGCGCAACAGAAUGAUCCUCUCUUGGAUCAAACGGAAGUAUUCAUCUUAUGUGGCUACACAAUUCUCGAAUGUGAAGGAGCCCAACAGUCGGAGCUUCAGCCAGUGCGUGUUGCACCAUACACACUGGCGGAUCUGCCUAUCACGACUACCACGGUUGAAGAGGCAAAUGCUGUAGCUCUUGAGAAACAUGGAUUAGCUUACCAGUCAAACAUGUGCUGGCGCAUUCUAGUGAGGGUAUCCAUAUUGAAAGGAAUUUCCGUUUGCCUCUUUAAUUUGCAGGAUUUUGAGCUUAUUAUUCGGUUAAUCACCUAUAUAUUAGAGGAUCUUUUGGAUAAGUCGGCGCUACUGAACACCAUUCUCAUGCAGCGACUAGGAUAUGCAAUACCUUCCUCAUUUACAGGGGCCGACUUGAUGCGAGAAUGCCCCAAUGACCUGUCCAAUGAUUUGUGGAAUAAACCCAUAGUAAUAUAUAGUCAGAGUUGUAGACGCCACCCGAGCAACGUUCGCUUUCGAUCGCAUCAAGAAGUUGUUGAUGAGCCUCUUUGGAUUGUGAUAGAAGGCCUAUUUAACCGUGGAUUAAUCGUAAGCCUUACUUUUUCCCUUGAGGAUGCGAUCAAAGUAUUAUAUGACGACAGCACUCUCUACUCCUUAGGGGAUUGUGAGCGCAUACUGUUUAAGUACCUUGAGAGCGGUGUAUUCCUAGAGGAAAGUGCGUCUACCUUAAAGCCGCAGUUACCUCUUUUUCAUGUAUUGCAUCCUAAAGAGUCCAGCCUUCGCUCAAUUGUUUGCCGCUUAGUUGUUUCUAAUUACAUACCCGAGGAUGCUCUCGCCGCGUGCAACUACCGUCGUCAUCUAAUAACUGCGCGCAUAGACGUUGAGGCGCAAAGUGCUAGCUCCAGUGUUGCUGAGAUUCUUGUCCGUUGUGAUGCGCUUUGGCGUUUGGGGCCUCAAAACAACGUCCUUGAGUUAGCCAAAUCAGUUAUUAUGCUUAUCAUGAAAAGUAAACACGUGUUUGGUUCUCGCGUGCCCGACUUUUCGUUGCGUCGGGAACAUUGGAGCCCAGAAGAUGACGUGUUGGACACAACCUUGCCGGCUCCCUCUCAGCAAAACGCGAAUUACUCCUACCCCGUAAAUAUGGCACUGUGGACUUAUAUGGACCACCUGCAGAAGCUAUACCCCUCGAUGUGCAUUAUUGAUCUAGACCCGAACGAUAUGACUGUUGCUUCGGAUCCAGUUUUGUUAAACCGCCUACGUUGUCGCUACGGAAAGGUCACAUUUAAUGAUGCUAAGGUGGUCUGUUUCACUCCACACCUGUAUUAUGCUGUUAUUCCUUUUGUUGACCUCCUCCGCUGCCGAUGCAUUUCAAAAUAUCAUAAGCAGUUUCUUACUUUGUGCCGCAGCAAUAGCGCGGCCGUCGCGCCCAUUACGUCAUCUGGGCUUUUCAUCGUCGAAGUUGGACUCCAAGUGGCUCACUAUGCUCUCGAUUUUUUUGUUAUCAACGGCAAUAGCAUACCACCCUGUGUAACGGCCAUGGUCGCUACAACCUUCAAGGAGAACCUUAUAUUUGACAGUAUCAUCUAUGACACCUCCGUUCGGUACUUCUCAGAGUGCUGUGCAUUUCGCAGUGCCGUAUUGCCUGCACACCAAGAGAUGGUGACUGCGGUGGCCAACCUCGUUCACUACUAUCCUUCUCCUCCCCCCAAGUGCACGAACCUUGUUGCGGCUUACCACAUCACCGACCCACGCCUUGUGCAGCUGCGAACGUUGCGGACGAACGGAAAGCCACGACAUGACGGGGCUCGCGCCGGAAGGUCAGUCCACGCCGCGAGUCAAUGCACCUUCAUGGUUCUACAGCCGGAGGACCGGACGCUCCGCCGGGGGGUCCUUCAGCGGGGCUACCUUUACAGUGGGCUGAUCCACUGGGACACCGCCCAGCUUUUCGUUUUCCUGACCACCUUGGAGGAGGAGGUGGGGGUUGGCACGAAGCGAUAUCGAGGCAGGGAUAUUGACGCGCUCAUCACGGAAGCAAAGCGGUUGCUGCUUCAGCAGUUGUUAGAGAGCACUCAACAGGAGAGGAUCGACGCUGCAUGGGAUAAAUUCUUGUUCAACCCAGAGAAUGUCCUAACCAGAUCUACGGAUUAUGAUGAGUAUGAGUUGAUUCUUCACCAUUCCCAAAGGGUAAAUAUGUCUUCCUAUGUAUCACCACUACAGCGCUUGUUGGGGACAAUUGUGCUUUCUGGUGAUCUUGAGGCUCUUCCAUAUGUCUCUCAGAGAGCCUUCCCCGACCACGUGUUGCGGGUGCUCUGGAGGCCUAUUAUUCCGGAGGCAGCCCUUUCUUCAAAAGAACCGAAUGGUGAUCGUGGAUAUUUAACAUACCCAACCAAACAGUGUAUUCCAUCAUUUUUUGUGAUCGAUGUGGAAAGACUUUUCUGCCCAGAGAGAACACCAGGGCGACUAAUUCUGACGUUUGCCCCGAAGAAUGUUGAAGGCAAUUUCUUCAUAGCUUUAGAAUGUCAGAUCUCUCCAAAAGUGGGCACCCCAUUUAUUGUGGAGUCUUUGUCGUCCCAUAGACGACUGAACGACUCAUCGUUACGAUUUUCACCAUUUUUGCCCUUAAUGGGCGAAGAAAACCGUUUACUCAAGACGUUACUUUUAUUGCUUACCCAUACCAUGCAAUUUGUCGUCACUAGGUCGCCGUUGCAGAAUCUUUAG